CACAGCGCGCAAAGAAGAACCGGAGGAGGAAGAAGAGGAAGAGAGACCUCGAUCGACGACAGCGGCAGCAAUGUCGACGUACCUCAAGAAACCGUUGCCGUCGUCCUACACCGUCACCCUCAUCGUCCUCCUCCCUCUCACCCUCUUAUGCCUCACCUUCCUCCUUCCGCUGUCCGCCUACCUCAACACCCCGCUCGCCGUGGCCGCAGCUGCCAGCGGCGGCGGCGUUGGCACCGCCGUCGUCGGUGCCGCGCCAGCGGCCGAUGGCGACGACGACGUUGUUGGCAGCCAGCGACGACCGGAGCUGAGCGUCCUGGUCGGCGUGCACACGGUGCCCGGGAAGCACUCCCGUCGCCACCUCAUCCGCAUGGCGUACGCGCUGCAGCAGACGGCCGCGCUCCGCGCCGCGGCGCGCGUCGACGUCCGGUUCGCGCUCUGCGCGCGCCCCAUGCCGCCCGAGCACCGCGCGUUCGUGGCGCUCGAGGCCCGAGCCUACGGUGACGUGCUCAUCCUCGACUGCGCCGAGAGCGCGGAGCAGGGGAAGACGUACACCUACUUCGCCAGCCUGCCGGCAAUGCUCGGCUCCGCCGCCGGCGGCGGCGGCCGGCCGUACGACUACGUGAUGAAGGUGGACGACGACACGUUCCUCCGACUGGACGCGCUGGUGGGGACGCUCCGCGCGGCGCCGAGGGAGGACAUGUACUGCGGCGCGGGGCUCCCGUUCCACGACCGGCAGUUCCCGCCGUUCAUGCUCGGCAUGGGCUACCUGCUCUCAUGGGACCUCGUCGAGUGGAUCGCCAGCUCCGACAUGGUCAGAAAGGAGGCCAUGGGGGUAGAAGAUCUGACCACAGGGAAGUGGCUGAACAUGGGCAACAAGGCCAAGAACAGGGUGAACCUUUUCCCCAGGAUGUAUGACUACAAGAGCGCCAAAGCUGAGGACUUCUUGGAGAACACCAUUGGUGUGCAUCAGUUGAAGCAGGACCUGAGGUGGGCACACACGUUGGAGCACUUCAAUCUCACUAGGGUGGGGCCCUCCAGCAAGCUACACGGCUUCUAGAGAGGGUGCUUCUCAAAUGGCUUUGUGAAGAAUAUGUAAUUUCUGUGGCAUUGUUGAUAAGGGGCUUAAGGAGUUUAAUAUCCAGGGUUGUUGAUACAUGUUGCUUGAAAUAUAUAUCUCACCCCCCGCAA